AAGAUGAACAAAACAAAACAAAACAAAAAAACGCUUUCUUCACCAUUUCGUUCCUCCAUGGCGAUCUGCUUCAUCCUCUACGCCUUCCUCACUCUCCUCUCCGCGUUAUCACUGACCUUAUCUCUCUCCAUCAUCAACGCGAGAAAGAGCCGGAAACGCGCGGUGGGAUUCUUCCACCCGUACACGAACGACGGCGGCGGCGGCGAGAGAGUCCUCUGGUGCGCCGUCAAAGCCAUCCAAGAGGAAACUCCCGAUCUCGACUGCAUCGUCUUCACCGGAGACCACGACUCUUCCUCCGACAGCUUAUCCCGCCGCGCCGUGGAUCGAUUCGGCGUCAUUCUUCUCUCUCCUCCCAAGGUGAUUCAUCUUGAGAAAAGGAAAUGGAUCGAGGAGAGGACGUACCCGCGUUUCACGAUGAUAGGACAGAGUCUCGGCUCUGUUUACUUGGCGUGGGAGGCGUUGAGAAAGUUCACGCCUUUGUACUUUGUUGACACGAGUGGUUACGCUUUCACUUACCCUCUCGCUCGUCUCUUUGGUUGCAAAGUUGUUUGUUAUACUCAUUACCCGACUAUUAGUUUGGAUAUGAUCUCUCGUGUUCGCUCGAGGAACUCUAUGUAUAACAACGACGCUUCGAUCGCCAAGAGCAAUUGGUUGUCUACUUGCAAAGUGGUUUACUACAGAGGUUUUAGCUGGUUGUAUGGGAUGGUUGGCUCGUGUACUCAUCUAGCUAUGGUUAACUCUUCGUGGACUAAGUCUCAUAUCCAAGUUCUUUGGAGGAUUCCUGAACGGAUCAAACGGGUCUACCCUCCUUGUGAUACUUCAGGACUCCAGACGCUUCCUCUUGAAAGAUCAUCAGAUCCUCCAAUAUUCAUAUCAGUUGCUCAGUUUCGUCCUGAGAAGGCGCAUAUGCUUCAGCUUGAGGCCUUUUCACUGGCCUUGGACAAGUUAGAUCCUGGCUUCCCUCGACCCAAGCUCCAGUUUGUGGGGAGUUGUAGAAACGAGUCAGAUGAAGAACGGCUGCAGAAGUUGAAAGACAGAGCAGUUGAGCUAAAAAUAGACGGGGAUGUGGAGUUCUAUAAAAACGCAAUGUACAGAGAACUAGUGGCAUUGCUAGGAAAAGCAGUAGCAGGUAUGCAUGGGAUGAUAGAUGAACACUUUGGAAUUAGUGUUGUUGAGUACAUGGCUGCUGGUGCUAUCCCCAUAGCUCACAACUCUGCUGGACCCAAAAUGGACAUUGUGUUGGAAGAAGAUGGACAAAGAACCGGGUUUCUUGCUGAGACAGUGGAGGAAUACGCUGAAGCGAUGGUUGAGGUUGUGAAGAUGAGUGAAACAGAGAGGCUUAAGAUGGCUGAAUCUGCUAGGAAACGAGCGAUGAGGUUCUCUGAACAACAGUUUAGUCAGGACUUCAAAACUGCUAUUCGACCUGUUUUUUUACCUGUGCUAUGAAAUGAUCAAAUACCAAGAGAAAUUGCUGAUUGCACUAAGCUUUUAGACUCACAAGACGAGCUAGGUUAUACUCUCUUUAUACUUUUUGUUUUCUGGUUAAACCUCUGACAUAGACCAAAGAUAAUCAGAUGUUCUCUUCCUGAUAAAGUUGACGUUGCUCUCAAAUAUUUUCUAUUGUCGUC